CGGUGACAAGGGGCGGGGCUGUGAGAUUACAGCAGCAUCUCGGUCUCUGCAGAUCCAGCGGACAUCUGGAGCAGCCCUGCCCGGGAACCAGACCUCCAGGAGCCAGACCUCCAGGAGCCAGACCUCCGAGCACCGACAUCCCGCUCCGACACUGCCCGCGGCUCGCUGCCUGAUUCCCGGGGAAAACGCAGCCGGGCUCCGGUGUUGUUGUCGCGGCUCUCCGGGCUGGAUCUCCGCCGGGAGGCUGCUGUGCUCCGGACGGACGGAGCGUUUAGUCCCGGUAAAAACACGGAAAUACGAAUAAAACCCGGGAGGAGGGUGAUGGACUGAACUGAUCCGGUAUGUAUGAGGGCCCAUGGAUCUGCAGCAUCUGGAUCCUGGUUCCUGCUGUAGUCCAGAUUAAAGAUCUGACUGAAGAUUGAAUUUAUUGAUUUUAUUUUGUAGUUUUUUAUUAUUCCUCCUCCUCCUCCUCCUCCUCCUCAUCCUGGUCUGGAUUAAAGCCCAUCAGGAUCAUGAAUCAUCCCCCCUCUGCUCCUCUAAUCUGGGCUUUACCGAGCUGGAUUUAAAACUGAGAUCUGAUCUGGAUUACUCUGCUCCUGGUUCUGAUCGGGUCACAUCUGACCCGGUCUGAACUCUGGUCCUCCUGGUCCUCCUGGUCCUCCUGGUCCUUGGUUUUGGGGAGUUCUGCUGUCGCCAUGCCGACGUCCCGGCCUGGUUCGGAGCCGGUGGAGUUCUGGGUGGACGGGUCGAGGCGGGACGGGGCGGUGGAGGAGUUCUACAACCUGAGCUCCGAGCUGGGCAGAGGAGCGACGUCCAUCGUGUAUCGCUGUGAGGAGAAACAGACUCAGAAACCCUUCGCCCUCAAAGUCCUCAAGAAAACGAUCGACAAGAAAAUAGUUCGCACUGAAAUUGGCGUCCUGCUGCGUCUUUCCCACCCGAACAUUAUCCAGCUGAAAGAGAUCUUUGAGACAGACACUGACAUCGCUCUGGUGCUGGAGCUGGUGACAGGAGGAGAACUGUUCGACAGGAUCGUGGAGCGCGGUUAUUACAGUGAGAGAGACGCUGCUCACGUCAUCAAACAGAUCCUGGAGGCUGUGGCGUAUCUACAUGAGAACGGCGUUGUGCAUCGUGACCUCAAACCAGAGAACCUGCUGUACGCCGACCUGUCACUGGACGCUCCGCUGAAGAUCGCUGACUUUGGUCUUUCCAAAAUCAUUGAUGACCAGGUGACCAUGAAGACUGUCUGUGGUACACCGGGGUACUGCGCUCCAGAGAUCCUGCGGGGAAAUGCCUACGGCCCUGAGGUGGACAUGUGGUCAGUGGGCGUCAUCCUCUACAUCCUACUCUGUGGGUUCGAGCCCUUCUUCGACCCAAGGGGGGAUCAGUACAUGUACAGCCGUAUCCUCAACUGUGACUACGAGUUUGUGUCACCGUGGUGGGACGAGGUCUCCCUCAAUGCCAAGGAUUUGGUCAGUAAACUGAUUGUUCUCGACCCUCAUAAGCGCCUCAGCGUCCGGGAGGCCCUGCAGCACCCCUGGGUGCUGGGCAAAGCCGCCCGCUUCUCCCACAUGGACACCACCCAGAGGAAACUACAGGAGUUCAACGCUCGACGAAAACUAAAGGCCGCCAUGAAAGCCGUCGUGGCCACCAGUCGUAUGCACGAGGGUUCACGGCGUCGUACCGACAGCUGUGAGAUUCCGGGUUCGGGUACUUCCAGGCAGAGCAGCAUGCAGCAGGACCCGCCUCCUGAGUCCACAAGCCCCACCCCUGCAGACAAAGAGGCCCCGCCCCCAGAUCAGCAGCCGCUGCAGGAAGACGACUCAAACCCUGGCGACCACAGUGCCCUAAACCCCUCCCCUCCACGCAGCCCCAAACCGCCCAGCUCUGAUGUCACUCCCACAGGCCCCGCCCCCUCUAGACCGCCGCUGCGAAUCGAGGGGCUGCGGCAAGCGUCCGUCGUCCAGAAACACACGCCGGUCCAGCCCCAACUGCCGCAGAAGAGCUACUCCGUGGUAGAGCCCGCCUCCAGGGCUGAGGCCACACCCACUCUGGCCACACCUCCGAGUCCCAACAACCUCAGUAACGGCUUCACGCCGGGGGCGGAGCCUGCCAAUAAAACCACCCACUGCCAGUGAGCGGAGACGCUUCAGAAAUCACUCAAAUAAUCUCCUUAGGCUCCGCCUUCCAUAAACUGAAAUCAUUUAUUGGGCCCAAAUUAGACGAGAAGCACCCGGAGCCAACAACCAUCCUCCACUCUGUAGCUCUGCUGUGAUGCUAACAUGCUAACAUGCUAACAGCUGUGUACUCACCGAGGGUUCGCUGUUUGUCCCACAUCAGGACGUUCAGCUCGCUUCUGAUCAACACAGAAAAGAGCAAUCAGUGGCAUUGAUUGGACGAUGACAUCCAAUCACAGACCUUCUCCUUUACAUCUGCUCUUAAAGGAUGAGUCCACUUCUCAUUGUUGUUCAUUCUAACUCACAGAAAGCUACGGGACGAGCUAAUGUAGCUAACUGCACAGAGAUCUGAUCAGUGUCAUGUGACCAAGAGUUAGACAGCAGGAAGAGGCGGAGUCAGGUGACCUUUCAACUGUCACCUGUCAGUUUUUACUGAUUUUGUUGAGCUUACGUUUGGUCACAAACAGAUGAUCAGUCUGUAGUUUACUGACACUUUAAAGGAAAUUUUCUUUCUUUGGUAGUGUAGCUUAGCAUAACACCUGGAAGCGGGGGGAAACAGCUAGCUGUAGGUGUGUGAGACUGAUACCUGAACUGAGUAUUGAUCUGAUACAAUGAUGAUGAAUAUUAUUAUGAUUAUUAAACAUAGCAGUAACCCUGUAUGAGUACUGAAGGCUGCAGCUGGUGAAGGAGGAGUUAACUUUAUACUGCUGGGUCACUGAAUCAAUAAUAAUAAUAAUAAUAAUAAUCCUCAGCAUUUAUUAUUGAUUUAUAUUUUCUAUUAAUAAUUUUAAAUCUGUAAAAGUAACUAAAGUUAUUAAAUAAAAGUUGGAUAUUUAACCUCAAAAUGGCUCUAUUGAUUAGACAAUAAGCAGAGAGAACCAGAGGUUCCUGUUAGAAAUGAUUGGGACUAUAAAGGAGGUUUUGGGGUUUUUGAGGAUCCUGAAUCCAUUUCUGACAUUUUCUAAAUAUAAACUGUUUCAAGAGGAAGUGGAAAUAUUCCCAGUGGCUGAUUGUGAGUCAGUCUAAAUGUAUUAAUACCCCCCCCCGUUACUGUUGUAUAUCAGAGUCCUAUACUGGGCUCUGAGGGAUGAGAUGUGAGCGUCUCGCUGUCCGUUCUGAUGUGGGACAAACAGACUGAGGUCUCUUCCUGCUCCGGGACGAUGGAGCCGAUUGAUUGUAUUUUAUGAAACUUUGGUAAAGCGUCUGCGUGGAGGACAGAAUCUCGCUCUGGUGUUUUUCUUCUUCUGCAUCCCUUUCAGUUUCCAGAGGAGGACCGGGAGGGUUCUGGUUGCUCUACGAGAGCCUGAAGAGACAAUGUGCUUUGAGUUUUUUAUCCUUUCUACUCUUUACUGUCGCCUCCCGCUGGCUGUGUGACGAAGCCGUAGGUAGAUUGCGCCUGUAGCCUGCAGGUGAGUGCCGUGUUGUGUUCGUGAGCUUCUAGUAAAAACGUGUUUUUCUCAGCAGUGAUGAUGAUCUCCUGUUUGCACUGUACAUAGUUUGGUUUCAGGUUCAGUGUUCUGUGCAGCCAACGAAUCUUUAUGAGAAAUUAGAAAAUUUAUAGAACGGGUCGGUUUUGUUUUAUUUUAAAAAAGGAAAACUUAUUCCUUCUUUUCCAUUUUUAUUUUCUAACAAUAAAGAGAAAACUGGUCAGUAUUUCAUUUCCUUUUUAACAGAAAACAUAAAGUUAUUUCAUUUUCAGACAAAAAUAACGGAAAACUUUUUUUGAACUUUUAUUUUAAACCAGCAACCCGUUGUCUGUCCUUCGCUACAGAGUCCACUGACCUUUUAUAGACAGACAUUUACUGCUCCACUCCACCAGAGACACAGUCCGUGUUCAGACCCCCCAAAAAAUACCAGAUUUGACCUUUGACCUUAGUUGAAAAUGAAACCCCUUCAUCCGAUCUGAAACCACACAUUCUACCUCUUUUUGUACAGGGGCUUCCAAAACCAUAAAAACGUCUCCGGAGAGAAAACAAAUGAGCCCAGCAGGCAGAGCUGAGGCCACUCAGAGAGAAACACACAAAUCUACGGUGGCUGAGACGGGCCAAAUGCAGCAGUUUGAGAAAGCAGAAGCUGGUUCAGUUGGUCUCUGCAACAGGUUGAACGGAAUCAGUGGAAGUCAGUGGAGUUCAGUCAGACGGGAAGCUGAAGGUUUAUGUCUGCUUCCGUCUGGUGGCGUUAGAUCGGUAUAAACGCGUCCCACUGGAGGGUUUUGAUUGUUCGUUAACUUAACGUGAGUCAGUAUUCUCUCUCUGGUCCGUCUCACUGCAGCAGUAUGAUGGGAAUCAGCUGUUUCUGUGAUUUAAUAUCAAUAAACAGAUCAAUAUAUCAAUAUAAUAACAACAUCAUGAUGGCACCAGAGUCUGUAAGACGACGAGCAAACAACUCUUAAAAUGCUUGUUUUCUGAAUGGAGUUUGAUUGAUCAGGGCUACGCUAACUUAGCUCACAGUACAGUAACCGUGGCUCUCAGCAGACGGGUUGAGAAGAGAGACAGUCAGGACUCUGGUUUAUAUGGGUCCUGGUCUGAGGAGUUAUAUGGGUCCUGGUCUUCUCAGAGAGCUGUUUGUGUGGUCACAGUGACCGGCUGCUUUGCUUUUUGUCCUGUCUCAGCCACCGUCUGUGAAAGAACCUGGGUUGAGAAGAGGAACACAUUCGUCCCUGAAGGGCUUUUACCUUUAAAGAGGAACCAACCUCAACCCUAUAUGUUACGUAGUUCUGAGGACUGAAUGGACAUUUAAGUUCACCUUUAAAGGAACCGUGUGAGAGGCUGCCCCACUUCAGUGUCUUUGGUUGUUUACUGACUGUGAACUCAUUAUGAAUUAUACAGCCCCCAGUAGUCUGAGACGUCCCCAGGCUGGAAACCCUGAACGAGACACUCAAUGUUUUACUCAGCUAACAGACUUUCAUGUGUUCUGCUGUAUAUUGUGGAUACCUCGUUUAUGGUCUUUUCUUGCGUUCUGAAAUGAGAAAAUCAAAAUGGGGAAACAGCUUUUUCUUUUCAAACAAAAACACAGAAAACAGGUUGUUUCCAUUUCCUGUUUUUAUUUUCACUGUUAUAUAUAUAUAUUAAAUAUAAUAUAUAUAUUUAAUAUAUUUAUUAUAAAUAAAUAUAUGUUAAAUAUAUAUAAUGAUUUAUAGCUUCUGCAGUGUCAUCUAUAACUAAUAUGAAUGAAUAAUAUAAAUCAAACCUGCAGAGCAUAUAGCCCACAGGAUAUAUAAAUUGUCAAUCAAUAUAUCUAUAUGUAUUAUAUGUAUUAUUUAUAUCAUGAAAUACAAAUGUGUUUUGUUUGUAAAACUUAAAGAUUCAAGUUUUUCUAAAAGAAAAAGGAAUUAUAUUAUUAUUAGUUUUGAGAGUUUGACUGUGGCCAGAUUAAUGUAGUCUGUUCACUACUUCCACUAGGCUUCAUGCAGUCCUGGUCUUCUCCACUCUGGUCUGAACAGGUUCCGGUCUGAACAGGUUCUGGUCUGUGGUUUGGUUCCUCUUUAAACGAUCUGCCCAUCUCCUGGUGGGCUGACGAGUCCCGGUGUUACCUGUCCACAGGUGUUAGUUGCCAAAUGGAUCACUGAAUAUCUAUCUGUCAUGGUAAAAGCAUGCACUCUGUAUAUUUGGUUCACUCUAUACUCUUAUGUACAAACAUGAAUAUUUUCUUCUAUUUAUCUUCUGAGGGACCUCGUUGGAGGUGGGCGGGGCUAAACUGUAAAUGGUGUUUGUUUUGUGUUUGCUGAGUGAACUCCGAUACACGUGUAUCUCUGCAUGUAUUAUUUCAUUUCUGUUGAUCAUAUCAGAUUAAAGAACCAGAAUCCUGCAGCUGA